CAAACCGGCCGUGUCGCAACAAAGAGGAUCACGUUAUCAAAAUUGGCGUUUGGUAUUCGUCAAUUUUGACCACGUGAUUUUUCUUCCGCUGAAACGGCCGGUUUGAGUAGCUCGUGAAAUGUAUACAGCUGUUUUUUCAUGCGAGCGUUGAAAAGCUGGUUUUUACCCCCUCCCCAUCGAUUUUCGACAUUUGGGCUUUUCAGCGAAAAUACACUUAAAAGUUCGACUCAGUCGAACUAUUAGCAAUUAUUAGCGAAGUAACGCCACUGUUCGCCAAAUACAAAUCACAGACCUGGUAAAAUAAGUGUAAAUAUUAUUAAUAGAAUAUUUGAAAAAAAUAUAGCCAUGCUGAAGAAACUGGUGAAAUUUGUAUAGCGGAUGAAAAUACAAACGAAGAAGCUUUAGUAAUGUCGUACACCUGUGGUGUGUGCGAAACUAUUUGUGUUGAGGCAGAAAUGCAUUGUCAUCCUUGUAUGCAGGAUUAUAACUUACUGUGUAGAUGAAAAUUUAUAUUUUUAUCCUCAAACCGGUGAAUAUUAGUGAUACACAUUUUUUAUUACAUAUUUUAUGAUGGACAAAUUAUUCGUAAAAGUUUGGUGGAUAAUACAGAGACCAUCGUUAUGGAAAGUGACCAAGACUGAUGUUGCAAUUAAUUGGCGAAAUAAAAAAAUUGUGGACGAGGAACAUUUAAUAGAAGAAGUUCGCAAACGUCCUCCAUUAUGAAAUUUUAAGCUUCCUCUUGUUCAACAAAGCCUACAAAUAAAAAAAAUGCUAUGGGAAGAAAUAUCUGCAUCAAUGGAUGGUAAAAUGGACGUUAUAACUAUAAAAAAAGAUGGAAAUCAUUGAGCGAUACUUUUAGAGUUCAUCAUAAAAAUAAACAGCAUCAACCAAGUGGCUCAGCAAGGAUAUCACGCAAAAAUAGCUGGGUGCACUAUGAACGGAUGCAGUUUCUUAGCGAUGUACAACUUGAAAGCGAAACUACAUAUAACAAAUAUCUCAGUAGUUGAGGACCAUAAUUCCGAUCAAUUUAAUGACGAUACUGUCUUUGAUAGCACAAGUAGCAGCAGUGGUCGUGGAUCGCAUAAGUUAAUUUUACGAUAUCUUAUUAUGACGGGUAAUAAGCAUCUGAGUAGUUCAGACCAUGAGGAAACUAUUGAACGACUUGCUGAUGUUCUCAAACAACCAGUUAUAGUUAACAUCCCACCAAUUGUUCCUCCACCAUCUAUGGAUAAAGCCAGUUUGUUUGGCAAUCUUAUAGACCAACUUCGAGAGGUUCCUCCACAAUUUGUGGAUGAUAUAAUGAUAAAAGUGCUGCAGAUUAUUAGUACCGUUAAGUGA